GUUUUGGGACUAAUUUCAGGCCUAACAUCGCCACGAACGUCCACAUUCGUCUUGGAAUUGCAAGCAGUCAUUCGCGGUUUCCAUCCGCACGGCCAUGGCGGCACAUAAACCAGUGGAAUGGGUUCAGGCGGUGAUAAACAGAUUCGACGAGCAGCUUCCUGUUAAAACGGGACAUCAGAACAACCACACCAAAGUCAGCACAGAGCACAACAAGGAAUGUCUCAUCAACAUCUCUAAGUACAAGUUCUCCCACGUCAUCAGUGGCCUCACGAACAUACUAAAAAAUGUGAACAACAUGCGGAUAUUCGGGGAAGCUGCUGAGAAGAACCUCUACCUCUCCCAGCUGAUUAUCCUGGACACACUGGAGAAGUGCCUGGCAUCGCAAUCAAAGGACUGCCUGCGUCUGGACGAGACCAUGCUGGUGAAGCAGCUGCUGCCAGAGAUCUGUCACUUCAUCCACACGUACCGCGAGGGCCACCAGCACGCUGCUGAGCUCCGUGCCUCCGCCUCAGGGGUCCUCUUCUCCCUCAGCUGCAACAACUUCAACGCUGUUUUCAGCCGCAUCUCCACCAGGUUGCAGGAGCUGACAGUCUGCUCAGAAGACACUGUGGAUGUGCACGAUAUAGAGCUCAUGCAGUACAUCAACGUGGACUGCUCCAAACUUAAAAGACUGCUCCAAGAAACGGUAUUAAAAUUCAAAGCCCUGAAGAAACCUGCCCAACUUGCUGUCAUUAACAGUUUGGAAAAGGCCUUUUGGAACUGGGUAGAGAACUACCCUGAUGAGUUUACCAUGCUCUACCAGAGACCACAGACAGACAUGGCAGAUGCUGCGGAGAGGCUGUUUGACCUGGUGGACAGCUUUGCUGAGAGUGCCAAGAGGAAGGCAGCGGUGUGGCCUCUACAGAUCAUCCUCCUCAUCCUCUGUCCCGAGAUCACACACAUCAUCUCUCGAGAGGUGGUGGAGGAGAGCAAGGCCAACAAGAAGCUGUUCCUGGAGAGCUUGAGGAAGGCUCUAGCAGGCCAGGGGGGCAGCAAGCAACUAACAGAGAGUGCAGCCAUCGCCUGUGUCAAACUGUGCAAGGCCUCCACCUACAUCAACCGGGAGGACCACUCAGGCAUCUUCCUCCUGGUGCAGUCCAUCAUGGUGGACCUCAAGGCCCUGCUCUUCAACCCCACCAAGCCCUUCUCUCGCGGGGCAGGCAGCCAGAACGCAGACGUGGACCUCAUGAUCGACUGCUUCGUCUCCUGUUUCCGUAUCAACCCUCACAACAAUCAGCACUUUAAGGUCUGUUUGGCCUCCGCCUCCCCCUCUACCUUUCACUUUGUCCUGGUCAACUCCCUGCACAGAAUCAUCACCAAUUCUGAUCUGGACUGGUGGCCUAAGAUUGAUGCAGUGUACUGCUACUCUGGAGAGCUGCGACUAAUGUUCUCAGACACUCUGAGCCGAGUGAUGCAAGGCCUUCACACACAUGCCCCACUACGCAUGACGCCGACUCUGUCAUUUAAAGAGAAAAUGACCACCAGCCUUAAGUUCAAAGAGAAAACCACAGACCUGGAUACACGCAGCUACAAGUGCCUCCUCCUCGCUCUGGUCAAACUCAUCCACGCUGACCCCAAACUCAUGCUGCACAACCCAGGGAAGCAGGCUCAGGAGACCCAGAGCAGCACAGCAGAGCUGAUCGCAGGCCUGGUGCAGCUAGUGCCCUUGGUCAAUACAGCCCAGCUUUCCCAGGAGGCCAUGGAGGCUCUGCUGGUGCUGCACCUGCCUGAGACCAUUGAGCUGUGGAACCCUCAGGCCCCCAUUGAAACCUUCUGGGACAUCAGCUCCCUGGUUCUCUUCCUGAUCUGCAAGAAGCUGAUUGGUCACCAGAUGGUGAACAGUACAGAGGUGUUGAAGUGGCUGAGGGAGAUCCUUAUCUGCAGGAACAAGUUCCUCCUAAAGAACAAGGAGUGUGCCACGCAGGGCAGUGGAAUCCCCAUCUGCAGACAGGCCCAGACCAAACUGGAGGUGUGUCUAUACAUGUUUCUGUGGAGCCCUGACACCGAGGCCGUGCUGGUGGCCAUGUCCUGCUUCAGACACCUGUGUGAGGAGGCUGACAUCCGCUGUUCCGCUGACGAGGUGCUCGUCCAGAACAUCCUGCCCAACUACGCCACCUUCACAGAGUUCGCCUCCGUCAGCAACAUAAUGGCCACCGGACGUUUCACCCUGCAGAAGAGAGUGAUGGCCUUGUUGAGAAGGAUAGAGCACCCCACUGCAGGAAACACUGAGGCAUGGGAGGACACGCAUGCAAAAUGGGAGCAGGACACCAAACAGAUUCUGAACUUUCCCAAAAACAAGGUGGAGGAUGGUCAGGAGUGGAUCAACAUGACAGGCUUCCUGUGUGCUCUGGGUGGGGUGUGUCUGUCCCAGCACAGCAAGCCCUGUGGCCCCACCACCUACAGCCCCCCCAUGGGCCCCAUGAGCGAACGCAAGUACUCUAUGGUCUCUGUGGGCGUCUGUGAGGUCUCCAACGCUGCAGCUGGAGCCUCAGCCACCUGCUCCUCCUCUUCCUCCACUGAAACCCCCCUGGGCAGGUUCCUGGACCGCCUGCUGGUCCUGCUGGUAUGUGGUCAUGAGAGGGUGGGUCUACACGUCCGCACCAACGUCAAGGAGCUGCUGGGGCUGGAGCUCAGCCCGGUCCUGUACCACAUGCUCUUCAACAAGCUAAGGAACAGCAUCGGACGCUUCUUCGACACACAGGGGCCGGUCCCCAUCAAUGACACUAACACACAGUUUGUGGAGCAGACCAUUGCCAUCAUGAAGAACCUACUGGAUAACCAUGCUGAGGGCAGCUCAGAGCACCUUGGACAGGCCAGCAUAGAGACCAUGAUGCUCAACCUGGUCAGGUACGUGCGUGUCUUAGGCAACACGUUGCAUGCCAUCCAGAUGAAAACCAAGCUGUGCCAGCUGGUGGAGGUGAUGAUGGAGAGACGAGACGACCUGUCCUUCUGCCAGGAGAUGAAGUUCAGGAACAAGCUGGUGGAGUACCUGACAGACUGGGUGAUGGGCACCUCCAACCAGGCUGCUGAUGACGAUAUCAAGUGUCUGACCAGAGACCUGGACCAGGCCAGUAUGGAGGCGGUGGUGUCUCUGUUAGCUGGCCUGCCUCUUCAGCCAGAGGAGGGAGACGGGGUGGAGCUGAUGGAGGCCAAGUCCCAGCUCUUCCUCAAGUACUUUACCCUGUUCAUGAACCUGCUGAAUGACUGCAGUGAGGUGGAGGAUGAUGGCCAGCCAGUGGUUGGGAGGAAGAGGGGCAUGUCUCGACGCCUGGCCUCCCUCAGACACUGUACUGUCCUGGCCAUGUCCAACCUCCUCAACGCCAACGUGGACAGCGGACUCAUGCACUCUAUCGGUUUGGGCUACCAUAAGGACCUGCAAACACGGGCCACCUUCAUGGAGGUUCUGACUAAGAUCCUCCAGCAGGGGACAGAGUUUGACACACUGGCAGAGACUGUGCUGGCAGACCGCUUUGAAAGGCUGGUGGAGCUGGUCACCAUGAUGGGAGACCAGGGAGAGCUGCCCAUCGCCAUGGCACUGGCCAAUGUGGUGCCAGGAUCCCAAUGGGACGAGCUGGCCCGUGUGUUGGUGACACUGUUUGACUCUCGCCACCUGCUGUAUCAGCUGCUGUGGAAUAUGUUCUCCAAGGAGGUAGAGCUGGCUGACUCCAUGCAGACUCUCUUCAGAGGCAACAGUCUGGCCAGUAAAAUCAUGACCUUCUGUUUCAAGGUUUACGGGGCGGCGUACCUACAGAAGCUUCUGGAGCCUCUACUUAAAGGGGUCGUCACCACCCCAGAGUGGCACAACAUCAGCUUUGAGGUGGACACAACCAGACUAGAACAGUCAGAGAACCUUGACGAGAACCAGCGGAACCUUCUUCAGAUCACAGACCGGUUCUUCCUGGCCAUUAUCAACUCCUCCAGCGAGUUCCCGCCACAGCUACGCAGUGUGUGUCACUGUCUCUACCAAGUGGUGAGCCAGCGUUUCCCCCAGAACAGUAUAGGGGCGGUGGGCAGUGCCAUGUUCCUGCGCUUCAUCAACCCUGCCAUCGUGUCACCCUACGAGGCAGGCAUCCUGGAUGAGAAGCCCCCACCCAGCAUAGAGAGGGGACUAAAGCUCAUGUCCAAGAUCCUCCAGAGCAUUGCCAACCACGUGUUGUUUACUAAAGAGGAGCACAUGAGGCCUUUUAACGACUUUGUGAAAAGCAACUUUGAUGCAGCCAGGCGGUUCUUCUUGGACAUAGCUUCUGACUCUCCUCCCAGUGACUCAGUCAACCACAGCCUGUCCUUCAUCAGUGAUGGCAACGUUCUGGCCCUCCAUAGGCUGCUGUGGAACAACCAGGAGAGGAUCGGACAGUACCUCUCCAGCAACAGGGACCACAAGGCAGUGGGCAGGCGGCCGUUUGACAAGAUGGCCACCCUUCUGGCCUAUCUGGGGCCCCCCGAACACAAACCUGUUGCAGACACCCACUGGUCCAGCCUCAACCUCACCAGCUCCAAGUUUGAGGAGUUUAUGACCAGGCACCAGGUCCAUGAAAAAGACGAGUUUAAAGCCCUGAAGACCCUCAACAUCUUCUACCAGGCUGGAACCUCCAAGAAUGGCAACCCUGUCUUCUACUAUAUUGCUCGCAGGUUUAAGACAGGCCAGAUCAACGGAGAUCUUCUAAUCUACCAUGUGCUGCUUACCCUGAAGCCUUACUACGCCAAGCCCUACGAUAUCAUAGUGGACCUGACCCACGUGGGUCCCAGCAACCGCUUCAAGACAGACUUCUUGUCCAAGUGGUUUGUUGUGUUCCCGGGCUUCGCAUACAAGAACGUGACGGCGGUCUACGUGUACAACUGCAACACAUGGGUGAGGGAGUACACCAAAUACCAUGAGAGGCUGCUGACAGGCCUGAAGGGCAGCAAGCGGGUGCAGUUCAUCGACUCGCCAGCACGGUUGGCGGAGCACGUAGAGGCAGAGCAGCAGAAACUCCCAGCGGCCACGCUGGCCCUGGAAGAGGACCUAAAGGUGUUCCACAACGCCCUCAAACUGGCCCACAAGGACACCAAGGUCUCCAUCAAGGUGGGCUCCACGGCCGUCCAGGUGACAUCAGCAGAGCGUACCCGUGUCCUGGGUCAGUCGGUGUUCCUCAAUGAUGUGUACUAUGCCUCUGAAAUCGAGGAGAUCUGCCUGGUGGACGAGACCCAGUUCACCCUGACCAUGGCCAACCAGGGCACACCCCUCACCUUCAUGCACCAGGAGUGUGAUGCCAUCGUCCAGUCCAUCAUCCACAUCAGGACGCGCUGGGAGCUCUCACAGCCAGACUCCAUCCCCCAGCACACCAAGAUUAGGCCCAAAGAUGUGCCGGGUACCCUGCUGAACCUCGCCCUGCUCAACCUGGGCAGCUCCGACCCCAGCCUCAGGUCUGCAGCCUACAACCUGCUGUGUGCCUUAACCUGCACCUUCAACCUGAAGAUCGAGGGCCAGCUGCUGGAGACCUCAGGCCUGUGUAUCCCUGCCAACAACACUCUCUUUAUAGUCUCCAUCAGCAAGACGCUAGCCGCCAACGAACCACACCUCACCCUGGAGUUCCUGGAGGAGUGCAUCUCCGGCUUCAGCAAGUCUAGUAUAGAGCUGAAGCACCUGUGUCUAGAGUACAUGACCCCCUGGCUGCUCAACCUGGUGAGGUUCUGUAAGCACAAUGACGACGCCAAGCGCCAGCGUGUCAGCGCCAUCUUGGAUAAGCUCAUCACCAUGACCAUCAACGAGAAGCAAAUGUACCCCUCUAUACAGGCCAAGAUCUGGGGCAGCCUCGGCCAGAUAACGGACCUGCUGGACGUGGUGUUGGACAGCUUCAUCAAGACCAGCGCUACAGGAGGCCUGGGCUCCAUCAAGGCUGAGGUCAUGGCUGACACGGCUGUGGCUCUGGCCUCAGGGAAUGUCAAACUGGUCUCCAGCAAGGUGAUUGGCCGGAUGUGUAAGAUCAUCGAUAAGACGUGCCUGUCUCCCACGCCCACCCUGGAGCAGCACCUGAUGUGGGAUGACAUCGCCAUCCUGGCCCGUUACAUGCUGAUGUUGUCCUUCAACAACUCUCUGGACGUGGCCACUCACCUGCCCUACCUGUUCCACGUGGUCACUCUGCUGGUGGCCACCGGCCCCCUGUCCCUCCGCGCCUCCACACACGGCCUGGUCAUCAACAUAAUCCACUCUCUCUGCACCUGCUCCCAGCUCAACUUCAGAGAGGAGACCAAGCAGGUCCUGAGGCUGAGCCUGACAGAGUUCUCCCUGCCCAAGUUCUACCUGCUGUUUGGCAUCAGUAAGGUCAAGUCUGCUGCGGUCAUCGCCUUCCGCUCCAGCUACCGCGACCGCUCCUUCUCCCCCGGGUCCUACGAGAGGGAGACCUUCGCCCUCUCCUCCCUGGAGACCGUCACUGAGGCCCUGCUGGAGAUCAUGGAGGCGUGCAUGAGGGACAUCUCAGUGUGUAAGUGGCUGGACCAGUGGACCGAGCUGGCUCAGAAGUUUGCGUUCCAGUACAACCCGUCCCUGCAGCCCAGAGCCUUGGUGGUGUUUGGCUGCAUCAGUAAGAGAGUGACCCACAGCCAGAUCAAACAGAUCAUCAGGAUCCUCAGCAAGGCCAGCCCCCUGCUCAGCAUAGACCGGGGGCUGGAGAGCUGCUUAAAGGGACCUGAUAACUACAACAGCCAGGUGUUGAUUGAGGCCACAGUCAUUGCUCUGACUAAGCUGCAGCCUCUUCUCAACAAGGACUCCCCCAUGCACAAGGCUGUGUUCUGGGUGGCUGUGGCUGUGCUGCAGCUGGAUGAAGUCAACCUGUACUCUGCUGGGACAGCCCUGCUAGAGCAGAACCUACACACUCUGGACAGCCUGCGAGUUUUCAAUGACAAGAGUCCAGAGGAGGUGUUUAUGGAGAUCAGGCGUCCUCUGGAGUGGCAUUGUAAACAGAUGGACCACUUUGUGGGCCUCAACUUCAGCUCCAACUUCAACUUCGCACUGGUGGGACACCUGCUCAAAGGCUUCAGACACCCGUCCCCCACCACGGUGGCUCGGACGGUGCGUAUCCUCCACACGCUGCUGGCCCUGGUGGGAAAACACCUCAACUGUGACAAGUUUGAGGUCAACAGCCAAAGCGUGGCCUACCUGGCAGCCCUGCUCACAGUGUCAGAGGAGGUGCGUAGUCGCUGCAGUCUAAAACACAGGAAGUCUCUGUUGCUGUCUGAGAUGGGCAUGGAGAACGUUCCCAUGGAUGCCUACUCUCUGCACCACACUGACCCCAGCUUCAGGACACUGAGAGAGUGCCAGCCGUGGGCGUCUCUCAAGGUGUCAGAGCGCUCUCUGAAUGCCUACUACCCCACGGUGGGGCAGAUCAGCCCCCGUACACGCAAGUCCAUGAGCCUGGACAUGGGCCAGGCCUCCCAUGCCAACACCAAGAAGCUGCUGGACUACAGGAAGAGUUUUGAUCACUUGAUAUCGGACUCCAAAGCACCAAAGAGACCAGAGACGGAGUCUGGCGUCACCACCCCGCCUAAGGUGAGGUGUGUGGCCGAGAACGCCUACGAGAUAGACAGCCAAAGAAUGGGCCACUCCCACCUCCGCAAGGUGUCUGUGACAGAGUCCAACGUCCUACUGGACGAGGAGGUGCUGACUGACCCCAAAGUCCAGGCCCUGCUUCUCACUGUGCUGGCCACCCAGGUCAAGUACACCACAGACGACUUUGACCAGAGGAUCCUGUACGAGUAUCUAGCUGAAGCUAGCGUCGUCUUCCCUAAGGUCUUUCCCGUCGUCCACAACCUGCUGGACUCUAAAAUCAACACGCUGCUGUCUAUGUGCCAGGAUACCAACUUGCUGAACCCAGUGCAUGGCAUCAUUCAGAGUGUAGUUUACCAUGAAGAGUCUCCUCCACAAUACCAACCAUCCUAUCUACAGAGCUUCGGCUUCAACGGACUUUGGAGGUUUGCCGGACCCUUCUCAAAGCAGCAAACUCAGAUCCCAGACUACGCUGAGCUGAUUGUAAAGUUCCUGGAGGCCUUGAUUGACCGCUACCUGCCAGGUACAGAGGAGGAGAGGAGCGAGGAGCAGCUCCAUACCCCCACCUCGCCCUACCCCCCCGUCACCCAGAGCCAGCUCAGCAUCACCGCUAACCUCAACCUCUCCAACUCCAUGACCUCCCUGGCCACCUCGCAGCACUCCCCAGCCUCUCUGCCCUGCUCUAAGUCAGCUGUUUUUGCGCCACACCUCCUCCUCCCAGGCGUGGAUAAAGAGAAUGUGCAGCUCUCCCCCAGCGCAGCUCUCUCCACCAGUGGACGGACCCGCCAUGGCUCUGCCAGUCAGGUGCAGAAACAGCGCAGCGCAGGUAGCUUCAAGAGGCCUUGCGUCAAUAAGAUGGUAUGAGACAAAGAGAUAGAGAGUGAGAGAUGGAGAGAACAAUAGCCAUCCAAAGGCCCACCAUGCAACACAUCUUGCUGCACUCCUCUUUUUACGAUGAAUGGUGAAGUCAACCUGAGGAUCAGUGUUGUAUUGGGGAAGUAGCUGCAUGUGUCCCUGUGUUAACCUUUGUUUGUCUUGCAUCUGGAGAGCCAUCGAGAGACGGCUUCGGAUGGAUUAAGUUGUUAUUCACGGACAGAAAUGUGGUCCCGGUUUUAAAAAUGUAUUUUUAGCCAUUAAAAGGACUGAAACUGUCAAGGUGACUGAAAUAAGCUGUUGAAUUCUCAAUGAAUCCAGGUCCAUAUAUAAUGUAUUCAGUGUAAGAACUGGACAACAUAAUGUUUGGGAAGUGCUGCAUUAUGUGACAUAGGAAGAUGACUGGGCGAAUCAAUGUGGACGUCCAUGUUGAACCAUUAUGUGACAGUAAGAUGACUGGGCGAAUAAAUGUGUACGUCCGUGUUGAACCAUUAUGUGACAUAGUAAGAUGACUGGGCGAAUAAAUGUGGACGUCCAUGUUGAACCAUUAUGUGACAUAGGAAGAUGACUGGGCGAAUCAAUGAGGACGUCCAUGUUGAACCAUUAUGUGACAUAGGAAGAUGACUGGGCGAAUCAAUGCGGACAUCCAUGUUGAACCAUUAUGUGACAUAGGAAGAUGACUGGGCGAAUCAAUGCGGACAUCCAUGUUGAACCAUUAUGUGACAUAGGAAGAUGACUGGGCGAAUCAAUGUGGACGUCCAUGUUGAACCAUUAUGUGACAUAGUAAGAUGACUGGGCGAAUCAAUGUGGACGUCCAUGUUGAACCAUUAUGUGACAUAGGAAGAUGACUGGGCGAAUCAAUGCGGACGUCCAUGUUGAACCAUUAUGUGACAUAGUAAGAUGACUGGGCGAAUCAAUGUGGACAUCCAUGUUGAACCAUUAUGUGACAGGAAGAUGACUGGGUGAAUCAAUGUGGACGUCCAUGUUGAACCAUUAUGUGACAUAGGAAGAUGACUGGGCGAAUCAAUGUGGACGUCCAUGUUGAACCAUUAUGUGACAUAGGAAGAUGACUGGGCGAAUCAAUGUGGACGUCCAUGUUGAACCAUUAUGUGACAUAGGAAGAUGACUGGGCGAAUCAAUGCGGACGUCCAUGUUGAACCAUUAUGACAUCAUCGUGCCCAGGGGAGGAAAAAAUUAGGAUUUUGGACCUGUAUACUGAAGGACAGCCUCUUGCCUCCACUCCAACCCUACGGUCUACUCCAAAACAACCCCACUACCGCCUUCACACAGCAAGGCUGCAGCAGCCAUUCACCACUUCCAUCAAUGCAGGGUAGCUCAAAUGACCAACCAACGGAUGGAUAGUCAUGCUGUUUGCAAAACCUUCAAUCCACAGUCUUGAAACCUGGAUUUGGACACACAUGUAUAUGUAUAUAGAUGUACAGAAAGGAUAUACAUUAUAUAACUAGUCCAAAUAAUAAUAAUAAUAGGGUUGUUUUAUCCAUGGUGUGCCUUCGUCAGGGUUUUCCAAUGUGAAUAAUUAUGUGUGGAAUAAAGUGAAGCCUUUCUUGGGGAAAAGAACAGGUACUAAUCAUCGACUAUUAUGUUGACUCUAGGUGAAUGCUCUGUAGAGCUGCUCUGUAGAGCUGUAUGUCAUGAUAGUCAAAUGUACAAUCAUCAAUAAUACCCUGCUGCCUGAAAGUAUUUAACCUGUACAGAUGGAUAGUCCUCACUAAAUAUUGAAGUUAUUUCUUUUGAAAUGUUUGCCAUGCAAGAGUAUGAAUUUCAAGACACUAGAUAAGACUACGCAACCUUGUAAAUAUUGAAAGGCCUUUAUUGAUUUGUAUCAUGUUUUCUCUAUAUUGCAUUUGGAUUAGUUUACAGUUCUGACCGUGACUAGGAAAAUUAAGUAAUAUGCACAAAAAUAGCCAAAACCUAUCAGUAAUAGCAACUAUGUGAAUGCUUAAAUUGUCAUGACAUUGAUCACAAUGUUGAAGUCUACCACCUGUCUAAGAUUAUUCUUAAAUAAAGGUUAAAUAAGUUAAUUUGUUUAGUUAAAGGUUCAAUUUAGGUUAAAGGUGAAAUAAAAAAGUACAACAUUAACAAAAAAAAGUUAAAUUAAAAAUAAAUGUGUGAUACAGAAUUGAUCGUUUUGAAGUUCUGGUUUGAUAAGAUAUGUUCUCCUGAUUUCCUGUUCACACACAUAGGUGUCUCUUUCUCUGGUUGAAUGAAGUCUAUCUAUGCAUUUUCUCCUAUCGCCCAAUGAAAGGUAUUGAGCGAAAUGGGGGCGGCCAUUACUUUGUUGUCUAAAGGUUGUUGUUCCUCCUGUAAAGUACCAGACUCAUUCACUCCCUUCCCCUUCAUCCUAACCUUUCCAUUUGUGCAGAUCCAUAAUGUAGAAGUUACAUGGUGGAAGUUAUAUACCCAUCUGCAUUCCAGACCCUUUGGAUCUGCAGACAUGGAGGGGUAGAGGUUUGGAACGGUGGUUACUUAAGUCAAUGGGACAGGACCUCAAUCCCAGACGCUCUUGCAGCAGAUGCAGGAACACCGCACGAAAGACUAGCUUGCACUAUGGGAAGGAGGAUUCUUUGUAUUUGGUUUCCCACUUCACAACAUGUUGUGUUGAAAUGUCAUUGUGACAAAUGAAUGUCCCCAUAUGGCACUGCAGCUUCCACAGCAUCAUCCUCUCAAAGGAAGGGGCCCAAUCCUUACUUGAGAUUUGUGCAUGCAAAUCUCCCAUAUAUAUCAAUGCAAGGUGCUUUAGAUGAAAGUGCCAGUUGGCUUUCUUCCCAGUUGGUUUACCUCUAAUACCUGAGUCUCUGUGUACCACUCCAGAAAGUCAUACCUGAGUCUCUGUGUACCACUCCAGAAAGUCAUACCUGAGUCUCUGUGUACCACUCCAGAAAGUCAUACCUGAGUCUGUGUACCACUCCAGAAAGUCAUACCUGAGUCCCUGUGUACCACUCCAGAAAGUCAUACCUGAGUCCCUGUGUACCACUCCAGAAAGUCAUACCUGAGUCGCUGUGUACCACUCCAGAAAGUCAUACCUGAGUCCCUGUGUACCACUCCAGAAAGUCAUACCUGAGUCCCUGUGUACCACUCCAGAAAGUCAUACCUGAGUCCCUGUGUACCACUCUAGAAAGUCAUACCUGAGUCUCUGUGUACCACUCCAGAAAGUCAUACCUGAGUCUGUGUACCACUCCAGAAAGUCAUACCUGAGUCCCUGUGUACCACUCCAGAAAGUCAUACCUGAGUCCCUGUGUACCACUCCAUAAAGUCAUACCUGAGUCCCUGUAUGCCACUUCAGAAAAGAUUGGACACAGUUAAAUAUGUGAGUGUGUACUGUUCUAAUUUAAGUUAUUGACCCAUACAUGUGGCCAAAUUGUUUCCAGCCCUUUCUGUGGAAUAGCCUUAGUUGUACUCCUGUUGUUUUUUUAUUUCAAAUUUCCCCUGAAUAUAUUUAUGAAGGAUGCAGGUGUGGUUUACCACCAUGGAAACCGUUUGAAUUGAACAAAGGAGUGAAUGAGGAAAGGAAACGAAAGGAAGAGACAGGACUUCAAGUGUUACUGACUAUUUGUAAAGGGAAAACUGAAAUAUACACUACAUGACCAAAAGUAUGUGGACACCUGCUUGUUGAACAUCUCAUUCCAAAAUCAUGGGCAUUUAUAUGGAGUUGGUCCCCCCUCUGCUGCUAUAACAGCCCCCACUCUUCUGGAACAUUGCUGUGGGGACUUGCUUCCAUUCAACCACAAGCGCAUUAGUGAGGUCGGGCACUGAUGUUGGGAAAUUAGGCCUGGCUCGCAGUCUGUUUCAAUUCAUCCCAAAGGUGUUCGAUGGGGGCUCUGUGCAGGCCAGUCAAAUUGUUCCACAAUGAUUUUGACAAACCACGGGGACAUUGUCAUUUUGGAACAGGGAAGGGCCUUCCCCAAACUGUUGCCACAAAGUUGGAAGCACAGAAUUGUCUAGAAUGACAUUGUAAACUGUAGCUUUAAGAUUUCCCUUCACUGGAACUAAGGGGCCUAGCCCAAACCACGAAAAAACAGCCCCAGACCACUAUUCCUCCUCCACCAAACUUUACAGUUGACACUAUGCAUUCAGGCAGGUAGCGUUCUGCUGGCAUCCGUCUUUUGGACUGCCAGAUGGUGAAGCAUGAUUCAUCCCGCCAGAGAACACGUUUCCACUGCUCCAGAGUACAAUGCGGCAAGCUUUACACCACUCCAGCCGACGCUUGGCAUUGUGCAUGGUGAUCUUAGGCUUAUGUGUGACUACUCGGCCAUGGAAACCUAUUUCAUGAAGCUCCCAACCAAAAGUUAUUGUGCUGAUGUUGCUUCCAGGGGCAGUUUGGAAUUCGGUAGGGAGUGUUGCAACCACGCUACACGCUUAAACACUCGGUGGCCCCGUUCUGUGAGCUUGUGUGGCCUACCACUUUGCGGCUGAGCUGUUGUUGCUCCUAGACGUUUCCACUUCACAAUAACAGCACUUACAGUUGACCGGGGCAACUCUAGCAGGACAGCAAUUUGACGAACUGACUUGUUGGAAAGGUGGCCUCCUAUGACGGUGCCACGUUGAAUGUUACUGAGCUCUUCAGUGAGGCCAUUCUACUGCCAGUGUUUGUCUAUGGAGAUUGUAUGGCUAUGCGCUCGAUUUUAUACACCUUUCAGCAACAUGCAAUUUACUCAAUUAAAUAUCAAGGUGUAUGCAUGUAUGUAUUGUUUUUGAGUCCCUGUGACCACUAAGAUUAGACAACUGUCAGGACAAAUAGUUUGGGUGAAUUCAUCAACAGAGUAACUGUCAUAAGAACGUGUCAGUUUUGAAUAGCUGCCUUCAGGAUCUAGGAUGGCCACUUGGUGUCCAUCGGGAUGACAAGGACAUAUAUUGUGAGUAACCAUAGACUCUUAAAUGAGUGGUUGACAUGCUCUAUUCUGAUUCACAGUGAAGGGUUUUGUGGAGUUGAAUAUCCUCAAAUGUGGCAUGUUUUAUUGAUGUACAACAUCUUUGUCUCUCGUGUUGGUGGAUGUUUGUUUUUUUAAGCGGAAUGUUCAACUAUGUAAAUAUUUUCUGUACAAUUUUAGAAUGUUUAUUUCCUGCACUGUAAAUACGUGAUAUUGUAUAAUACUGCUUUACAAAAAAGCUACAAGUUGCUGUAUAAUGUGUGAAAAAUACACCUAAUUAUUCCAGU